AUGGCUGGGCUUGUUGUGAAGACGGUGAGCCCCGACAGCCUGGGCCGCGAUGUUUGGCAGGGCGAAGAGUUGGUGGGACGCGUGGUGGUCGAGGGCAGCGGGAGGGCUAUGCUCGUCGUGCGCGGCAAUCCCUAUGAGGCCAGGCUGGAGGACCUGCGGGUGCGGAAGGGCGUGAAGGAGGUCCUGUCGGCGGUGAAGAGCAAGGGGGUGCUGGGACAGCUGACGACGGAGUAUAUGGGUCGACAGUAUGUGCUGACGUACACUGCCAAGGACUGGAUUGUGAAGUCCGGGGUGGCCGAGGUGGGGCGGCUGAACCAGCGGUCCUUGAACUUUGGGGAACGCUUCCCGCUACUGCUGCAGCUGUAUUUCCUUUGGUACGUGCUGGAGACGCAGGCGGAGAUCGACUUGGACGUCAGGGGCGAGAAAAUGGCUCGGCAGUGUGGCUGUUACCAAAUGGCGUUCGGGGCUUUGGGGGCCGCCUGA